UGGAAAGGUAUUAUCCCUUUCUGGAAAGUGGCUUGGCAUGAGGGAGGAGGCGGCGGGAGAGCUGGGAGGAAGAAGGCGGAGAAGCCUGCUUUUUGCUCCUCAGGGAAGAGAAGGAGGAGAAGAAGAGGAGGAGGAGGAAGGGGAAGAAGGCGAGCAGAAGCCGCCCAGCAGAAGCAGCUGCUGCUGCCAUUCCAGCCCCGCCAAGUGAGAGGGAGGAGAAGGAAGGAAGGAAGGAAGGAAGGAAGGAAGGAAGACAGGGGAAGAGCGGAGAAGGAGAAAGAAGAGGGCUGCCUCGCCAUUGUUUCCCCGGGUUUGCCAAAGCCCCAGACUAGCGAGGCCCUUCCUGCCUCUGUCCCUGGAGGCCCCUGGGCUGCUCCUCUCCCCUCCAUCCUCCCUGGAGAGGCUCUGCUCGGCGUCUCCUCCUCCUCCGGAGGCCGGCGCUUCUCCUGCCGGGCGAGUCUCGCCCCAAUGAGCCCCAUCCGACCGACCGGCCUCUUUGUUCGGCUCCUUCUUCUGGGCUUCUGCCUCCUCGCCUUCGAGAAUGUGACUCCUUUCCAAGUUGCUGUGCGAGAUGACAACUGCAUCAUCAUUUCACUCGAAGUUACUGACGUGGUGAACUCUCCCUCAUCAGUAUAUGUUGUGAAGAUCACCGGUGAAUCCAAGAACUAUUUUUUCCAGUUUGAGGAAUUCAACAGCACUUUACCUGCUCCUGUAGUUUUCAAUGCCACCUACCAUGGCCUUUAUUACAUAGUGACUCUGAUGGUAGUGAGCUCAAAUAUGGUAUCCAAGCCAUCUCGGUCAAUCACUGUGUUAACCAAACCUCUGCCUGUAACCAAUGUUUCCAUCUAUGAUUAUAAACCAUCACCUGAAACUGGAGUAUUGUUUGAAAUCCAGUAUCCAGAGAAGUACAACGUUUUUACCAGGGUGAAUAUAAGCUACUGGGAAGGAAAAGACUACCGGACAAUAUUAUACAAAGACUUUUUUAAAGGAAAAACUGUUUUCAAUCACUGGCUGCCAGGAAUAUGUUAUAGCAACAUUACAUUUCAAUUGGUAUCUGAAGCAACAUUCAACAAAAGCACGCUGGUGGAAUAUAGCGGGGUUAAGCAUGAACCAAAACAGCAUCGAACAGUUCCCUACCCACCUCGAAACAUUUCUGUGCGCAUCAUGCAUAUGAACCUCAAUGAGAACUGGGAAGAACACAGUGGGAAUUUCCCAGAAGAAUCAUUUCUGGAAAUUCAGAAUCCUAUCGGACAGGAAAACAUCCCUCAUGUCAUGGAUGAUCAGACGGAGCUUUCAACAGUGAACACUUCUUAUACAUGGCCCGAUUACCACUAUAACAGCAGUGAUUAUGAAGUCACAUCUCAGCCAGAUUGGUGGAAUAAUGAAUCAGACUCCUCAGAGAAUGGGGAUGAAUUUGUCAAUGCAAUGCCAACAGAUUAUGAGAACAUCAGCCCAACUGCAGAAUUUGGAACACCUUCGCCCAAACCUCCCUCAUUCCUCCCAGUGCAAAUGGUGCUGAGCUGGUUACCCCCAAAACCACCCACAGCAUUUGAUGGUUUCCACAUUCACAUUGAAAGAGAAGAGAACUUCACUGAAUUCCUAACAGUGGGUGAGGACAUUCAUGAAUUUGUUGCUGAUCUGAAAGAACCAGGGAAAUACAUGGUAUCUGUUAUGACGUUUAGUUCCUCCGGGUCAUGUGAACUUCGAGAAAGCCAGUCUGCCAAAAGGCUCAGUUUUUAUAUUAGUCCUGUGGGAGAAUUGAUAGAGGAACUGACAGAGAAGCCUCAGAAUGUCAUGGCAACUGUGCUAAGCUCAACCACUGCCUUACUCUCCUGGACAGUAUCGUCACAGGAGAGCAGUAACAGCAACAACACCAUUGUAUCUAUUGUAUCCUUGACAUGCCAGAAGCAGAAGGAGAGCCAACGACUUGAAAGACAUUACUGUACUGAGGUGAACACAAGUAGCAGCUUUAUUGAAAACCUUGUUCCUGGUGCUCAAUAUCAAGUUGUGAUCUACUUACGGAAGGGACCACUGGUUGGACCUCCUUCUGAUCCUGUUAUAUUUGCCAUUGUGCCAACAGGGAUAAAGGAUUUAACUCUUUACCCCUUGGGACCUAGUGCUGUGGUCCUCAGCUGGAACAGGCCUUACCUUGGUGUCUUCCGGAAAUAUAUUGUAGAAAUGUUUUAUUUCAACCCCUCAACAAUGACCUCAGAGUGGACAACAUACUACGAAAUAGCAGCAACCAUCUCUUUGACAUCAUCAGUGAGAAUAGGCAGCCUGCUACCUGCAUGGUAUUAUAACUUUCGAGUUACUAUGGUGACCUGGGGAGAGCCAGAACUGAGCUGUUGUGACAGUUCCACCAUCAGCUUCAUAACAGCUCCAGUGUCCCCUGAAAUCACUUCAGUUGAAUAUUUCAACAACCUUCUCUAUGUCAGCUGGAUCUAUGGUGAUGACAACACAGAUCUUUCCCAUUCUAGAAUGCUGCACUGGAUGGUUGUUGCAGAAGGGAAGAAGAAAAUUAAAAAGAGUGUGACCCGGAAUGUCAUGACUGCAGUGCUCAACCUUCCUCCAGGGGACAUCUACAAUCUUUCUGUAACAGCUUGCACUGAAACCGGUAGCAACACCUCUGUAUCUCAGCUUGUGAAAGUUGACCCAGCUCCUCCAAGAUCACUCUUUGCUGUGAACAAGACCCAGACAUCUGUGACUCUGCUGUGGGUAGAAGAGGGAGUAGCUGAUUUCUUUGAAGUAUUUUGCCAGCAGUCUGGCUUGAGCCAAGAUGCAAAUGUCCAGGAACCUGUUACUGUUUCUUCACAUGUGGUAACAAUCUCCAGUCUUCUACCUGCCACAUCCUACAACUGCAGUGUUACCAGCUUCAGCCACGACAGCUCCAGUGUCCCAACCUUUAUCGUUGUCUCUACCAUGGUUACAGAGAUGAAUCCUAAUGUGGUGGUGAUCUCCGUCCUAGCCAUUCUGAGUAUCCUUCUGAUAGGGUUGCUGCUUGUAACUUUGGUGGUGCUUCGGAGAAAACACCUCCAAAUGGCCAGGCGUAGGAGUGUAUUUGCUUUCCUAACCCUGUUACCCUCCUGCCUUUGGACUGAUUAUCUCUUGGCAUUUUAUAUUAACCCUUGGAGUAAAAACGGAUUGAAGAAGAGAAAGUUGACCAACCCCAUCCAGCUGGAUGACUUUGACAGCUACAUCAAGGAUAUGGCUAAAGAUUCUGACUACAAAUUCUCUCUGCAGUUUGAGGAACUGAAGCUGAUUGGCCUGGAAAUCCCACACUUUGCAGCAGACCUCCCCAUGAAUCGCAGUAAAAAUCGCUACACCAAUAUCCUGCCCUAUGAUUUCAGUCGUGUUCGAUUGGUUUCAAUGAAUGAAGAAGAAGGCUCUGAUUACAUUAAUGCAAACUAUAUACCUGGCUACAACUCUCCACAAGAAUACAUUGCAACCCAAGGCCCACUGCCAGAGACAAGAAAUGACUUUUGGAAGAUGGUCCUCCAGCAGAAAUCACAGAUCAUUGUUAUGCUCACACAAUGCAAUGAGAAAAGAAGGGUAAAAUGUGAUCACUAUUGGCCUUUCACAGAAGAGCCAGUUUCUUAUGGAGACAUCACAGUGGAAAUGUUGUCUGAAGAAGAGCAAUCAGAAUGGGUUUUUAGGAACUUCAGAAUCAGCUAUGCAGAUGAGGUACAGGAUGUAAUGCAUUUUAAUUACACAGCUUGGCCUGACCAUGGAGUCCCUCCCACAAAUGCAGCAGAAAGCAUCUUGCAGUUUGUACAAAUGGUCAGGCAACAGGCAACAAAAAGUAAAGGUCCCAUGGUUAUACACUGCAGUGCCGGCGUGGGACGGACAGGGACUUUUAUAGCACUGGAUCGCCUUUUACAGCACAUUCGUGAUCACGAGUUUGUAGAUAUACUAGGACUGGUGUCUGACAUGAGGUCUUAUCGGAUGUCCAUGGUCCAGACAGAGGAACAAUUCAUUUUUAUUCACCAGUGUGUGCAAUUAAUGUGGUUAAAGAAGAAGCAGCAGUUCUGCAUUAGCGAUGUCAUAUAUGAGAAUGUCAGCAAGUCGUAAUUCCAAAUGAUGAGUGCAGUUCUACAGAACAUAGACAAAUGCAGAAAGAUGACAUGUUACAUCCAGAAGCUCUGGGAAGACACAUAGCCUUAAGGAACCUGCAGUGUCUUGUUUGGACUCUUCACUUUCUGGACUUUUGAUUUUUAAAGUUAGUAACACUGGACCAAAUACAACAUGGCAGAAUUAAAAGGAACUACAGUAUGUCAUAAUGUGCACAAACAUACAGCAUUUGGGAAAGGGUUUUCUGUUGUCUCAUUCUGAAUGCUUUAUUAUUAUUAUUAUUAUUAUU